AUGCUUGACGGUGCUCGGGCGCUUGGCAUCCUCUCCGCACAGGCACUCGACAUCAUCAAUUUCCUUGUCGUCGGCUUCCUGCAGAUCCAUGCUAUACUGCGUGACGACUAUAAGGCUGAGUAUCCCUUCUACCCCUGGCUAGUCGGCACUACUCCGUGCGAGCUCACGUUCGGGGCUGCCCGCGGGUGUGUCAAGGACUUCACCGCACUCGACUGGCAGUAUAUGGCCCCGAAGCUAGCAGUCAAGCUUCGACAACUUGUUUCCGGUUCCGAUACUGCAUCCAUCGUUAGAUCCGAGGGAUAUAACUAUGAUCUCGCCGCUAACGCUGCAAGGCUCACUCCCGCCGCCCGCGCGUCCGCCCUCACGUUUGUUUCGCACGAUCGCAUCAUUGCCAUCUCGCGCACCGCAUACUCCCAGGCCAGCAGCAUCGCCUCUAUGCUAGGUGUCGAUGUCAAGCUUUUCGAGCGAGAUGUCUCGACCUUGCAUAUGCCGCCCAUGGUACCGACUCGUAUCGACGAUGUGUUUGAGGACGACGACGGUUAUGGCAGCGAUGGCUGGGAACUCGAUGAUUCAGGGUCUGAAUCCGCUGAAUCAGACGACGAGGAGGAAUUGUCCGAGGAGCAACUGCAACAGAUUGUGCACUGGGCAGUCGAUCUCGAUGUGUCGGAAGGACAACGCGACCAACUCAAUAAACUCGCGUAUGCCGUGUCCGCGUUCACACUGCAGUCCAGCACGGAUAUACGCAAUAUGCCCGCUAUGACCGACGAGAUGUAUGAUGAGGAUGUGGCCAAGAUCGGCGCGACGUUCGCCGCUCACCUCCCUCCACUCGUGGUGCCUUUGGAACCUGCCCUCCAACACCAGCCAUACAACAUCGACUCGUUACUUCAGGCUCACGAAUACAUGGAGACAGAACACUCGAAGCGCGUGGUUCGGCAGCGCAAGGGACCCAAAGGACCGAUUCCCGACGGCAGUCAAGUCGCCGCAGCGGGAAGUGAUGACCGCGCUGUCCGCCGCAUGCGCGCAGUCACGGCAAAGCAAUACCGUGCCGUUCUGACCUCGCCCGACGAGCAACGAGCCACGCAGGGCAUUGGUCGCAUCACGCGCUGGACGGCGAAGCCGUCGAAAGCAGGGAACGCCCAGAAUGCAGCUGUAUCCGCGGAAGGGCGUGCAGGCGAGGCAAUCAAGAAGCGCGCGAAGAUCUUCGUUUCAACGUGCACGCUGCCGUCCUUUCUCACCCGCGCCGAAGUAGAUCUCGGACGUAGAUUGUUUUCGAAGCCGAGGGAGGAGGAUGCAUCCUGUUGCUGGGGCCUCGCCUGGUACAACGACACUGUCUGUUUGGUAGAAGUUCACGAGAUUUACGUCAAAGGAGGUGGCGAAGCUGGGCGACACGCCUUCUCAGAAGAGUGCAAGUCCAUUGGCUCUGCCUCGAACAUCGGAGUUCGCGUGCACUAUCCCAGUUCACGAAACAGUUCCGGGCGACCCAAGUUUCUUAUACGGCCCACCGUCGACCGCUGGUCGCAGCAUCCGCACCCAGUAUCGCGCUAUACGCUGCUGGAGUCUCAAGAGUUUCUGGUUCGACUCUCGGAAGUACCAUCUGUGAAUGGGUUCACACUCACUGUUGGGUCCACGGAUGUCCCCUUCGUGAGUUCGCUUCAGUCACAGAUAGAUAGAGUGGACUCUGCGAUGAAGGAAUGGAAGAAACGGCCGCGAAAGACUUCGGGCAAGCAACCCGCGGUCGUCGACGGAGAUGGCGACGAGGAAGAAUGCGAUUGA